CAGUCUUGCUGCAGGGAGGAGCGAGCGGAGUGCGGUGGAGCUGAGCCGAGCAUCACAUCCCGCAUUCAAAGAAACGGGCGAACGCAGCACUUUUUGUGACUUUCUAUAAUGUUCCCGUCCGAACACGGCAGACACCUUUAAUUGGAAGAAAUAUCCGAGCGGACGCGGAGCCUAUGGGAGCCAUCUUCCUCUGAGGGCUGGGAGCCUCUGACCAGCCGAGGGAGACCCCUCAAUUGUUUCCUGCGCCAAGAACUGUAGAGACAUGGUCGUUACACGGCGUCUGUGAUGAGCUUCAAGCAGCCAGCGUGCGACCGUGUCUGAGGAUGCCUCUGAUCUGUGGACGCCAAAGCUGAGGGAGGUCAACAGAGCCCACCGGUGCCACCAUGUCUCAUCACCAACACUACCAGCGAGGCCCCCACGGCCGCACUAUGAGCUCCGAGGAGAGGAGCGCCACGCCAAUCAACAAGGCCUCCACGCCCGUCCACAAGAGCGCCUCCUCCUCUUCCUCCUCGCAGCGUGACAACCGGCAGGAGGCAGACAGCUGGGAAAUCAUUGAGGGGCUGAAAAUCGGUCAGAGCAACGUCCAGAGGCCUGAUAAGCACGAGGGCUUUAUGUUGAAGAAGCGGAAAUGGCCCCUGAAAGGCUGGCACAAGCGUUUUUUCGUUCUAGACAAUGGCAUCCUCAAGUACUCCAAGUCCCCCAUUGAUAUCCAGAAAGGCAAACUGCAUGGCAGCAUCGACGUCGGCCUCUCAGUGAUGUCCAUCAAAAAGAGAGCCCGCCGCAUUGAUCUGGACACGGAGGAGCAUAUCUAUCACCUGAAGGUAAAAUCCCCAGAUAUCUUUGAUGCUUGGGUUUCCAAGUUGCGCCAUCACAGGCUUUACAGACAGAACGAGAUUGUGCGGUCCCCCCGCGACGCCACCAUUCGCACGUUUCCUCCCCCCACCACUAUAGAGCCCCCUCAACCUGCCGCAACUGUGGUACAUGAAGCCAAGCAGCAGUUUUCAGUCAGUUUACCGCAUGCUGACCCUGUCGCGGUUCCUGUGUCGUCGCAGCAGACCAAGCCGAACAGCUUGCCGUGGCAGCCGGUGGCCCCCAGCAGCAGCAGCAACAACAGCCUGCCUCCCUCUUACAGUAACGGACAGAGCAAGGUGGUUGCCUGGCUGCAGGAGUCGGAGGAGAUGGACAAGUGUGCCGAGGAGCUUGCGAGAUGUCAGUCCAACCUGACUGACCUAAGCCGGUUACUGCAGAGUCUGGAGAUUCUACAAAGAACACAGUCAGCGCCAAACUUCACAGAUAUGCAGACCAAUUGUGUAGAAUUGUCAAAGAAAGAAAAGCGCUUGAACAGAAGAUGGAGAACAAAAAGUGUCGGCAAAGAUGCAAAAUUCCAGCUUCAGGUCCCUCUCUCUGCCAGCAUGUCCCCUGUCCGUCUCCACGCGUCUAACCCCAACCUGUGUGCCGAGCUGGUGGAUUUUCAGACCCCCGUGUCCCGGCUGACAGACAGCGUAGAGUGUGCCAGUGACUACAUAAAGCUUCAGGAGGAGUUCUGCACCAUUGCCCAGAAAGUCCACUCUCUGCUGAAGUCUGCCUUCAAUACAGUGGCCAUAGAGAAGGAAAAGAUCAAACAGGUUCUGUCUGACCAGGACCAGUCUGACCAUUCAGCCCAGAUAAGCGCUCUCAGGAAGUCUCUGUCCCAGGCUUUGUCCCAGAAUGCAGAACUCCGAACUCGACUCAACCGCAUUCACUCAGAAUCUGUCCUCACUGAACAAGUUGUCAGUGUGAACAUCAUCUCAUCACCUGAUGAGGCCGUGGAACAGAUGGGGAUCCCUCUGAGUCAGCAGGCCUCGAACGAGAGCCGACUCUCCAUGUCGGAGUCUGUCUCCGAGUUCUUCGACGCUCAGGAGGUGCUUCUGUCAGCCAGCUCGUCGGAGAACGAGGGCUCAGACGAUGAGUCAUAUGUCAGUGAUGUGAGCGAUAACAUUUCCGAGGACAACGCCAGCGUGACCGACAACGUCUCCAGACAAAUGGCCAACGGGGACUUUGCUGGCAGCGCCUUCCGUAACGGGAGACGCAUCUGCCUGCCAGCACCGUGUCCCGACACCAGUAACAUCAACCUCUGGAACAUCCUGAGGAACAACAUCGGCAAAGACCUGUCCAAAGUCUCCAUGCCCGUGGAGCUCAACGAGCCGCUCAACACCCUGCAGCGCAUGUGUGAGGAGAUGGAGUACAGCGAGCUGCUGGACAAGGCCGCCGAGACGGAGGAUCCCUUCGAGCGCAUGGUUCUUGUAGCUGCUUUCGCCGUCUCAGGCUACUCAUCUACUUAUUAUAGAGCAGGAAGUAAGCCAUUCAACCCGCUGCUUGGAGAGACAUACGAAUGUAUACGGGAAGACAAGGGCUUCUGUUUUUUCUCUGAACAGGUGAGCCACCACCCCCCCAUCUCCGCCUGCCACUGUGAGUCCAAGAACUUCACCUUCUGGCAGGAUGUAAGAUGGAAAAACAAAUUCUGGGGAAAGUCUAUGGAGAUUUUACCAAUAGGGUCUGUGAAUCUCAUGAUUCCCAGGUUUGGAGAUCACUAUGAAUGGAACAAGGUCACCACCUGUGUACACAACAUCCUCAGUGGGCGACGGUGGAUUGAACACUACGGGGAGAUCACCAUCAGAAACACAAAGAGCAGCGCUUGCCUCUGCAAACUUACCUUUAUUAAGGGAAACUACUGGAGUUCCAGUGUAAAUGAGGUUCAAGGAUUUGUGAUGGACCAAGAAGGGAAAGUGAUCCAUAGGCUCUUUGGAAAAUGGCACGAGGGCCUUUACUGCGGGGUUCCACCAUCUGCCAAAUGCAUCUGGAGGCCAGGCUCCAUGCCCACGGACUAUGAGCUGUACUAUGGCUUCACCAGGUUUGCCAUUGAACUGAAUGAGCUUUGCCCUGAACUGAAAGAUGUUCUACCACGUACAGAUGCCCGAUUCAGGCCCGAUCAAAGGCAUCUGGAGGAAGGAAACCUGGAGAUGGCAUCUUCAGAAAAGCAGCGUAUAGAAGACAUGCAGAGGACCAGGAGGAAGUGGAAUGAGGAGAACAACAUCAAACAUGAGCCGCUUUUCUUCAAGAAAGUGGUCGAUGCCAAUCACAGGGAGAGGUGGGUCUCCAAUAAUACAUACUGGGAGCUCCGCAAAAACCCAGGCUUCAUCAACAUGGAAUCCACGGUGAACCUGUGGUAGCACAUGGAUUUCCAUCGCGUCGUCACAGAUUACAGGCUUCUACCUAUGCACAUUGAGGUCUUAAGAGAAACUUGUUAAGUAUAAAACAUUUGUGUGCAUGGAAAUAAGUGACUGCAGAGAUGAGGUCGGACCUGAUGUUGGAAGCAUACUGUAGGAUUACCCUCAUCGUGCUUCUCCGAGCUGGGUUGUCACAACAACAUUUAUCCCACUGCUAUGUAGAUCCGUCCUCAGCUCCUCAACGUCCGAGUAUGUCCUUGCCUUAAAAAGACAAGUCACACGAUUUAGCGCUUUUUAGUUGAAGCCAUUUGAGUUUUGACAGCUGGUUGGGUUAGACUAGUCUAUCAAGUACACAUUGCAUGUUUAGAGAGCAGCUUUCACCGGCAUAAAGCCAUUAUUUACUAUAUCAUCAUCUAUUGUAGGAAAAAAAAUGAUAUUUUUAUAAAAUAUCUAGGACUUAGAGUCUGGUAAAAAAACGAGUACUAUGUGACUUGGCAGGUUUUAUUUAUUUUUGCCUUUUCAUACUGUUGAAUAUGAGUGAUAGCGGUACACACUCUUGGGAAAGAACAGAUAUGAAAAUAAUCUCGACUGAACUUGAUGUAUGGUGUCCACAGAUGGAAUUUCUAAUGAUUAACUUUCAAAGACUAGCUCUGAUCAAAGCUAUCUUGUCCUGGAAGGAGGGGGAUUAAAGUCUAGUCUGGUGUUUUUGGAGCCCUGAUGUAAGAAGCACUUAAAACCCUCUCAUCCUUUACAGGUGAUCUCUGUUUUAACACUUUGGACGUGGAUCUGUGAUGGAUUGUAGUUUCAGUCGGGGGGCGAACCUCAUGGUUAGCUACAGGCAAACAUAGCAUCACUCUGUACAGUUCACACACAGAUGUCGUCCCCCCUGAACAGGGAGCAGAACCAUAAUUUAGUCUCAAACAUCAAACCCUUGUCAAGUCACAGAGCUCAGAACAGCCUAUAAUGGUGUACAGAUUGUAAAGCCAAUGGAGAUGUUUUUAUGAAUUUUGACUCUAUAGAAUCGACCAGACUCACAGUGAAACAUGAGCAAAACAGUUAUAGAUGGAACUCACGAGUUCAUCACAACUUACCAAAGCAAGUUUCUUUAAUUUACAUAACCUUCAGUUAUAAAUAAUGCAAUGAAAGUGUUCACUCUCUUCAUUUGCAAAACUGAUAGAAAGCAAUGUUUGGCAGUUUUUUCUAAAUACAUUACCCACGUGAUUAAAAAGCCAUCAAAACAUGAACAUAUUUUACUGUGGUUAAGAAAUUAAUCCGUUAACGUAGGACCCACAAUUUAUUCAGGCAAAUAUAAAACACUGGAGCCGCCUACAGGUUGUUUUAUGGAACUACAGGUUCAGGACACACGAGGUGAGCGGCACUUUAAAGCCAAACACACUUGAACAGUAACAAUGACACGAGAUGAGCAUCAAACCUUGUACUUAAAUGUGUGUGUGAAGACUUCACUGCUUUGACCUGAGCUUCUUCAAAGCACAGGUGAGUUAUUUUAGUUUGUACAUCUACUGCAAAGCAGAUUCGUUUUAAUGUUCUAACCAGCAUCCCCUUGUUUGUGUUACAGAGAAAAAAAUAUAUAUAUAUAUCAAUACGUAGGCGAAAUUAGGUAAAACAAAUCCAUUGUGUGCGCUGUGCACAUGGUAGUAGUUUACAAACCAAAUGUAGGACUGCUUUGCACACAUACUUAUCAGCGUUUGAGUUCAUCCCCCAACACAAACGUAAUACGACAACUCUUUGGCAUCAGUUUCACUUGCUGUGCCUUAAUGCAUUUAUCUAUGCCUCACAAACACACAAGAUGAGAAUCCCCAUGACAAGAAGGCAGCAUCACCAGGCCCAACCCUGCACAUCGUCCUGACACAGAGAGUAGAUAAACAGAGUGGAAAUAUUGGCUGUGGAUUAAAUGUUUUUGAACGACACAAGAGUUCUAUAACCAAUACAUUUCUGGCAAUUACUGUAAAUACAAUAUUUAAAAUAAGGGUCACUACUGCAAAAAUGGACAAAAAGAGCAUUUAUGUGCAGAGGUAGGGCCGAUACGUCGUCCAGUGCUUGGUGUCAUAGAGACAGACUGUAGUGGAGAAAAUGACACAAAACCCUUCCAUGCUUCCUUCAGCCACUGUUCUACCUGCAUGUCCACACAAAUUCGCCUGCCAAUGAAUGUUGCAGAUGCCUUACCAAAAAGGUUUAUGGUUUCUCAAUUCGACGCUCAUGUUUUUUUUUUUCCUUUUUUGACUGACAUCUAUCACCUUGCACUGUGUCAGCUCAGUGGUUGUUUUUUUCAGAUCUAUUUUCUAAUGGGUACCUUCUAAAGUGCAAUUUUAACUAAGGACAUAUCUUAUCAUGAACACUGUACACUGCUGCUACAUAGUGCUUGUUUUAAUAAAACUGUGAAACUGA